CCAUGACCGAGUCGACAUUCAACAUCUUGUGGAUGGGCAAUCACCCAAAGCCUGACAUUCUUCGUAGUCUGCUGCCUUAUCAAAAAGUGAACCACUUUCCCAGGUCGUACGAGAUCACCCGGAAGGAUCGGCUGUACAAGAACAUCGAGGCGAUGCAGCGCAGCAAAGGGGCGCGCAAUCUCGACUUCAUACCGCAGACGUUUGUGCUGCCGAAUGAAUCUCGGGAGCUGCUGACCGCGCACUUUAGGUACCGCGGACCCUGGAUCGUCAAGCCCAAGGCCAGCUCUCGGGGCCGCGGUAUCUACAUCGUCAACAGCCCGGAGAAAAUCUUAACCGACGAGUCCAUCAUCGUAGCCCAGUACAUAAAUAAUCCGCUGCUGGUUGACGGACACAAAUGCGAUUUGCGAUUGUAUGUGGCCGUAACGAACUACGAUCCACUGUUGAUUUACCUUUACGAAGAGGGAUUAGUGAGAUUCGCGACAGUGAAAUACGAUGGUGGAAACCAAUACGUCUGGAAUCCGUGCAUGCACCUAUGUAACUACAGUAUCAACAAGUUUCACGUUGACUAUGUGAAGAGCGAGGACCCGGAUGCGGAAGAUGUUGGUCACAAAUGGACAUUAUCGGCUCUCCUCAGGCAUUUACGAUCCAUCGGUCAGGAUACGGAAUUACUUAUGCAACGAAUCGAAGAUAUCAUUAUAAAAUCUAUUUUGGCAACAGCGUCUGGAAUCAUUAGUGGCAUUAAGCAAUUUGUCAAGCAUCCCGACACUUGCUUUGGUAAUUAUAUAGUUAUAAUGGAUAGUAAUGUUCUUUCAAUUGGCGUAGAGCUUUUUGGCUUUGACAUUCUGAUCGAUGAUACGUUGAAGCCGUGGUUGCUUGAGGUAAACCUUACGCCAUCCUUGGGCUGCGACUCGCCACUCGAUGUCAGAUUGAAAUCUGCUCUAAUAGCCGAUCUGCUUACACUCGUGGGCGUACCGGCCGUCGAUCCCAUUUUGCGACCUAAAAACUCAAGUUUACAUAGAUCUGUCAAACCCGCCAAGCGAAUGACUAGCUGUAGAAGAGUGCACUCGGCAGAGACACUAAAUCAAAAGAAAAAGAAGAUUGUCACGAACACGAGCAUCACCAAGUCCAGUCUCAGUUCUGAGCAGCAACGAAUUCUAUCAUCAGCCAAAGCCCAAUUCGAGCGUCGAGGUGGUUUCGUACUUAUUUUUCCAAGUCCUAAAUCGUGGGAAUUGUAUUCACAUUAUUUGGAUCCUGCAACGGGUAUUCCAGUUGAGAAGGAUCUUCUCGGUCCAAACAGAACACAGCAUGUGUCAAGCAUAAAUCAUAAUUUAAUGUUACACGAGCAAUUGUUUCCGGCUACAAGCUGGACAUCUGAUUUCAUAAUGCCUGAAAUAAAGUUGGAUCGAUUGUCAAGAUUUGAACGAUACGAAAGAGCCUUGCUUAAAGGGCACAGGCAGAGUUUGGAUCGAAAUGACGGUAAAGAAAAUGUUGAUACCGACACACACAAGUACAAAAUGCAAGUGAUGCAGACGAUGCGCGAAGGACAUAAAUUAAGUCAUGUAGAAGCUAGAAAGGCUUUUGGUUUAUAUUUAGGACACAUAUUACGCAAGAUUUCACAACAAAAUCCCGAUCCUGUUUGUUGCGAUCUCGUAAGCAAGUUUUUGCAACAAUCUGUGAGUAAUUUAAGAACACCUUUCCUAUUUACCUUGCCAAGCAGUAAAUUGAGCGACAAAGAUAGAGCUGCGGUAACGGCCAAGCAGUUAUCAGAUUUUUUACAUCUUUAUAAUAGAGAAACUGAUGUUUACGAAGAUACGGUUAAUAGACCACGAACCAUUCUAAAUAGAUUUUUUCAAAAGUUUAUUUCGUCUGCCAGUGAAGAAGAUCUUGAUGACGUAUUGAUACUACAAACAAAGUUAUACAAUUGUGCUCACACUUUCUUAGGACGCAGCGGUUUCGCGGGCAGUCUUCGAGGAUCUAAUCUUCUAGGCUCGCUACCGCAUAUAACCUCAAGAGUACACACUAAUGCAAAUAUUUCGGAACAGUGUAAGUGCAAUCAAUUGAACAAUCGCCAGAAUAAAGCUCCAAGAACGUAAUUCAAGAAAUAUUAACAAGUCGUUUGGUUAC